CAGCCCCCGUUCGCAGCCCGUCUGGUCCGUCCCGCAGGGCCGAUUUUAGGAGCGCUCCAAACACCGUUUUAGAAGAAAGACGCCGUUUAUUCCCUGCCGGGCGUGAGGAGGAGAUUUCCACAAAGCAAGCUCACGAAGGGCCUGACCCAGCCGAAAGUUGACUUUCGCUUGUUAAGCGCUUUCUGCUGUAGAAGUUACCUGAGGCUCAGUUACGUUUAUAAAGGCUAGUAACAAAGCCUGCGACACUACAUUUGCACUUGCCACACUUGGAGCUGAUUCUUGCCAGACAAGGGACGGGAGGAAAACAUGAGAAAAAUAUGAAUAAAAAAUAUUGGACAUUUUCUCCUCAGUAACUCCUUGUCCUGCAAUAAAAAUCAGUUUUAAUCUUGUCCCAGGGGUCUCCCAUGGCUGAUUUCGCUGCAGCCUCAUGAAGACUCCCACCUGGCCAAGCAGAAGAAAAUUAACUGUGGAUAAAAAAGGCAACAAAAGUGUUUAAAACAUCUGAGAAGUAUAAAAGUGAGGGCUGGAGGGUUUCCAUCAGGAUGGAAGCAAAGCUCUGUCCCUGAGCAGGGAACUGUCACGGGCAGAAGCAUCCGCAUUCCUUCACAGAGAAUUUCCCAGAGCCACGGGGCAGGACAGGCAAGUGUUGGAAUCUCAGAAUCAGGGAAUCCUGGAAUGGGCUGGGAUAGAAAGGACCCCGGGGCCCCUGCAGUGCCACCCCUGCCAUGGCAGGGACACCUCCCACUGCCCCAGGCUGCUCCAGCCCCAGGGUCCAGCCUGGCCCUGGGCACUGCCAGGGAUGCAGGGGCAGCCACAGCUGCUCUGGCAAUUCCAUUCCAGGCAGCAAUUCCUGCCCAAGAUCCCACCCAGCCCUGCCCUCUGGCAGUGGGAGCCAUUCCCUGUGUCCUGUCCCUCUGUCCCUUGUCCCCAGCCCCUCUGCAGCUCUCCUGGAGCCCCUUCAGGCCCUGCAGGGGCUCUGAGCUCUCCCUGGACCCUUCCCCUCUCCAGGGGAACAUUCCCAGCUCUCCCAGCCUGGCUCCACAGGAGGUUUCCAUGAGCAGAGGACCUGCCCGGAGUAUUUUUGUUCUCCUGUUGUUAAAGCCCGGGGAUCUCGGGACUCCUUUGCUCAGUUCCUCUGCUGCACGCCCUGCCGGGGUCGGGCUCUGCCCCGCCGGGGGUGCCGGUGCGGGCAGGGGAGGCUGCAGAGCGGGGUUUUCCCGGAGUGUAUCGCGCUCAGGAGCGGCUGCCGAGGCUCCGAUCCCGGGGCCCGGCGGAUCCCGGCGCCCGCGCCGAGCCCGGGCGCUCCCGGCUGCUGCUGGACCAUAUUUGGGAAGGUUGGCGCUGGGGCCGAGCUCGGAGCUGCCGGGGCAGCGCCGGGGCCGCUCUCAUCUCCCCAGCAACCCCGCAAACACAACAUUGCCCAACCCUGCGGCUAUAAUUAACUGUGCCCGGCCCCGCAGGAGCCCUGGGCCGCGCUCCCGCACUGCCGGGCCGGGGAAUGCUCCCCGAGCCGGGGGGAACAUUCCCUGCGGGCCCGGGAACUGCCGCGGGCCGAGAAUGCGAGCUGCUCCUCGGGCUGUUGUGCUCGGGCACUCAGAGCGUGGGCUUUGGAGCAGGCCUGGUCCCCCGGCCCCAGAGGCAGCCAGAGAGCAGCGCUGGGUUUGGAAGAGCUCCCGGAGUAGCGCUGGGUGCUCGGGAGAGUCUGUGGCAGCUGGAGAAGGGAGGAUAGCUCGUCCCCUCCUCCCUGCGGGGCCACUCAGAUUAAUGUCAAACUGGCGCUGGGAGAUCCUGUUCUGAUGCCUGCUGGAGGCACCAGAUCACGCCUCAAUCCUGAGCCAAGAAUAGAUCCCAGAAUUCUUCAUCAUCCACAGCCUAUUCUGGGCCUGCAGCCUCCCACCCAACGUGUGCCAGCUCCCACUCCAGCUGGGAAUCCUGCUGGGGCUCAGCUCCCCCCUGCUCCGGAGCUGGGGGCUCUGCAGCCAGAGCGCUCCCUGUGCUGAGGGGCUGCACAUGCAGGGAACAGGGAAUCCUGGAACGGUGUGGAUCGGAGGGGUCCCUGAAGCCACCCAGUGCCACCCCUGCCAGGGACAGAGAGGGACAGAGACACCUCCCGCGAGUCCAGCUGCUCCCAGCCCCGGCCAGCCCGGGCUCAGCCCCUCGUGUCCGUGCUGGAGAGAUUCCAGCAGUGGGAUCCAGCUGUCCUGUGUCACAACCAGGGCUUGGAACCAUGGGCUGGGCUCCCUGUCCCUGUCCCUGUCCCUGGCAGGAGAGGGGAGCUGGCAGCUCCUGGCCCUGCCGCUGCCAAGCCCAGAGUUCAGCUGUAUUUUAGCGUGUUCCAAAGGGCCGGAGCAGAGAAGAGGGAAGCUGUUCCAAGGUUGGAACUCUAGAAAUCAGCUGGAGGAGUCAGGCUGUACAACCCCGGCCCUCCUGGGGGUGGGAAAAGGCUCUGGGGGCGGCUGGAAGAUUUGGGAAUCUGCUUGGAUGGUUUCGUCCUGUCCCCAGAAGCCACAAUAAGCCACAAAAAAUGCUUUAUAAGCCCAUUUCCCUCCAACACACAAAACAGGGAAGCGAAACUCCAGAGGUUGUGCUAUUUUUUCCCGCAUUAAUGGCCACCAAAAUGCGAAUUACCACACUGCGUGCUGUAUGAAGUCUUGCAGCCCUCACACUGGAAAAGCAUCCAUAAAUGAGGAAUUUCCCCCCUCAGUCCUGGGGGACACUUCCAGCAGCAUUUCUGUGGCAGCACUGCCAUGGCCAGACCCCGGCCGGUGGCAGGGUGACACGGGAUGAGCCUUGUGUCCCUGCCAGCCCCGGCUGCUCCACGGUGCCGUGGUCCCGUGGCCCUGCCAGCAGGGCAGAACCGGCCCUCUCUGCCCGUGGCAAGGGCCACGUUUUCUUGUAAACUUUAACCACGUGCAGGAAUCUUUGCAGGGUCAAGGCCUCGGCGAGAGCAGCUUAGUGGUAAAUCUCAUGGCAGGAAUUCACUUUGGAAUGAAGGAUUGGAUGGCUUCCUGCUGGUUCCUGGAGGAUGCUGGCACUUGGAAAGCAGUUUAUCCACGAGACAAAGACAAAUCCGGGCACGGUGACAGCGGAUCCAGGAGCCCAGGCUGCCAGCAUGACUCAGAGAUCCCUGCUCCCAGCCCGGCUCCCUGCUCCCAGCCCGGCUCCCAGCCCGGCUCUCUGCUCCCAGCCCGGCUCUCUGCUCCCAGCCCGGCUCCCUGCUCCCAGCCUGGCUCUCUGCUCCCAGCCCGGCUCCCAGCCCGGCUCCCAGCCCUGGCUCCCUGCUCCCAGCCCGGCUCCCAGCCCGGCUCCCUGCUCCCUCUGGCUCCCUGCUCCCAGCCCAGCUCCCUGCUCCCAGCCCGGCUCCCUGCUCCCAGCCCUGCCUCCCUGCUCCCAGCCCGGCUCCCUGCUCCCAGCCCAGCUCCCUGCUCCCAGCCCGGCUCCCUGCUCCC